GGAGAGACAGAGACAGUGUCAGUGUGUGUGCUUCCACAGUGUAAGGAACGGCUGCUGAAGGUGUGGCUUGUCGACUCCCAGCUCACCCUCUCUCUCUCUCUGCCUGUGUGUGUGUGUGUGUGUGUGUGUGUGUGUGAGUACCUGGCGCUGGCUGUGAAGUUGAAGAUUUUGAGCAGUGCUGGCUGGAUGAUGCUUGAAUCGGGGCAGAUGUCCUCCAGUAGCCGGACCGUGGGAUCACUACUUCAGGUCACAGGCCUUUGUGCUGAACAGCCGACAGCUGAUGUUGAUGAUGAGUUCUAGGCAUCUCUCAGACUGGAUCCAUUACAGUGUCCUGGAUGAGGAGAGCAGCAACCUGCGGCAACAGAAACUCGAUAAACAGCGGACUUUGUUGGAGCAGAAGCAGAAGCGCCGGCGCCAGGAGCCGCUGAUGGUGCAGCCGAGCGGGGAUGGCCGCUGCCGGGCCAGGCGAGCCCACCAGUCCGAGGAGCAGGCGCCGCUCGUCGAGUCUUACCUCAACAGCAACGGCAGCAUCAUCUACCACGCGGUACAGGAGACUGAACGCGAGGAUGUAACAGUUACAUCAGAAGUGCAACCUCCAAAAGCUGCUAAAAAAUCCAAGCCCUCAGCUGCAGGCUCACAAUCUGCUGGCAUGAAGAAGGAGAAAAAGGGCAAACAGAAAGGGAUCGAUGGGCCGGCUGCCUUCCAGGACGAUGUCCAGGAGGUUGGGAGUCAGGUCCAGAUUCUGACUGUGGGUCAGUCGAGCAACGAGGAGGAAGAUGGAGACACGGCUGCCAGCGGGCAGCAACCACAGAGGCAGGACCUCCGCACAACCAUGCAGAUGAAAGGCAUCUCCAGCAGCAUGAACUUUGAUGAGGAAGAGGAUGAGGAGGAUGAGGUUAGUUCCAGCUCGUCCCAGGUGAAUUGCAACACCCGGCCUGGCUCUGCCUCCAGCAAGAAGUCCAACAAGGAGGCUGCCUCGGUGUCCACCCCGCCGGCCGAGGUUCUGGUGAACGUUGGGGACCUGGAGGAGUUUGGUGUGAGACCGGCUCCACAAGGAGUCACCGUCAAAUGCCGGAUCACCAGGGACAAGAAGGGCAUGGACCGCGGGUUGUACCCAACCUAUUACCUCCAUCUCGAGAGGGAUGAUGGCAAGAAGGUGUUCUUAUUGGCAGGAAGGAAGAGGAAGAGGAGCAAGACAUCAAAUUACCUCAUCUCCAUCGACCCCACAGACCUGUCGCGAGGAGGGGAGAGCUUCAUCGGCAAGCUGAGAUCAAAUCUCAUGGGCACCAAGUUUACAGUGUAUGAUAACGGAGUGAACCCAGAAAAGGGAACUGCCAGUGUAGAUGCAUGUAAUCUCCGCCAAGAGCUGGCAGCUAUAUGCUAUGAAACCAAUGUUCUGGGCUUCAAGGGACCUCGGAAGAUGAGUGUAAUCAUUCCCGGCAUGAACAUGGACCAUGAGAGAGUGUGCAUUCAGCCUCGCAAUGAGCAUGAAAGUUUGUUGGCACGCUGGCAGAACAAGAACACAGAGAGUGUCAUCGAGCUACACAACAAGACCCCUGUGUGGAAUGAUGACACACAAUCUUACGUCCUUAAUUUCCAUGGUCGGGUUACACAGGCUUCGGUGAAGAACUUCCAGGUUAUACAUGAUAAUGACCCUGAUUAUAUUGUGAUGCAGUUUGGCCGGGUGGCAGAAGAUGUCUUCACCAUGGAUUACAACUACCCAAUGUGUGCACUGCAAGCCUUUGCAAUAGCUCUCUCGAGCUUCGACAGCAAGCUGGCUUGUGAAUGAAGGGGACAGUGGAACCUCACCAUUCAGUGUGGCAUCUGUGCUUCAAAGGGAAUCUCGCUGCCUUUGCUUUGACACCUUGGUUGCAGAUCGUAUUAAGAUAUAUUUCAACCUCAGUAUCGUACAUGUUACUCUACAAAAUGACCAAAAUCGCAGCGAGGUCCCAAAUCCAAUGUUGGAUCCUAAUUUAAAAUAUUUUUCUGAGACGUGGAAUUGUUUUGCGUUUUUUUUAAUUUUUAAAAGGACGCCACAAUUCUCCGCUUAAUCUACUUGGGUCAUUUUUAAACACUUACUGUGAUUUUGCGUGGAUCUUUGAAAUGAAACAUUGUCUUAAAAAGGAAAACAAACCCUUACGAUGUGAAGAGGCAGCUAUAACAUCCCAAGCAUGUUGAGUCAGAACAAGCGGGGAAGUCCAGUACAUUAGUCUGUCCACUACUAACCUUUAUGUCAUUCCUGAAACAUAUUCAGAUUGUUCUGGUCAGAAAUGUGUGUCAUGUCUGCUAAUUCAUUGCAGGAAUAAUUUUAUUUUGGGUGAUGAAAGAUUUUUGACAUCAGGACUCAUUUUAAGAGUUAAACAGUUUUAAAUUAUUCAAUUAACUUCUUGCCUUUUUAAUUUAUCUGCUUUUUGUCUCAUUUGGCAUGAACUUAUUUAAGUUAUAACGUGACUGGGAAUGAAGAGGUGCUCAGCUCAUAUUGAGAUUGAGGCAGGGAGGAGAGGGUCGAUGUGUCUAAUCGUGUUGUUGUCGUAUGUACAUGCUUUCUGCUUUCCGCUGUUGAACAAGGGGUGUCCUGGUUGCUGCCAAGGGCAAAUGAAACAGCACAGGAAAUAUAAACCAGUAAAUGAUGUUGAAUAUCUUGUAUUUAAGACAGCUGUACUUCUGAAUGGGGAAAAAAGAUGACACAAUAUAUUUCCCAAGGGCUAAAUUCUUCAAUCAAAUAAUUCUGAAAGUAGAUGAAUAAAGACUAGUGGUGAUAUUCAUAAUUUUCCAUAUGUGUCCAGAUGAAUGUAAAGCAACAUUUGGUAUAAUACCAUUUAAAAGACACUUGUUUAAGAAAGAAUUGCAGAUGCUGAAAAAAUCGAAGGUAGACAAAAAUGCUGGAGAAACUCAGCGGGUGAGG